AUGAGUAACCUCCGAAUUUUCAAUAUUGGUUUAAAUUAUCUGCGAAGGGGACAAGCCAAUGACCUCGACUUCCUCUGCUCCUUGACAAAUGCAACAAUUCUCAAUCUUCUUGUCAUAGCUAAUAACAAUUUCGGAGGGGAAGUGCCCAAAUGCAUCGGCAAUCUGUCCAUCACUCUUGACUUGCUCGCGUUGGGACAAAAUGCUUUAUCUGGAACCCUGCCGAGUAGUAUCGGGAAUAUCAUAAAUCUGCAGGUUUUGUCAGUGUCUGCCAACAAUUUUUCAGGUAGCAUACCUCCGGAAAUUGGAAAUCUCAAAAAAAUGAAGCAAUUGUAUCUCACAGACAAUGUAUUCACCGGAGAGGUCCCGCACACCCUCGGGAAUUUGUCAAUGUUGACUCACCUGUCCAUGGGCAACAACAACCUUCUGGGCACCAUACCUUCCUCUUUGGGCAAGUGUCAGAGCUUAUUAGCACUAGAUCUUGCACAUAACAAGCUUGCUGGUGCCAUACCCCCUGAGAUUAUGAGCCUCCCUCCUCUAUCAAUAGGUGUUGAUUUCUCAAUGAACAAUCUAACAGGCGAGCUUCCCGUGGAAAUAGGGAAUCUGAAACAUCUCAGCGCAUUAGAUCAGUCCGGGAACAAGUUGUCAGGAAAAAUUCCAAGUAGUCUAGGUAGUUGUAUGUCACUGGAAUACUUGUACAUGGGGGAUAACAUGUUUGCAGGUCCCAUCCCUUCAACUCUGAGUUCCUUACGGGGGAUUCGAGAAUUAAAUCUCUCUCACAACAGGCUCUCAGGCCAAAUUCCCGAUUUCUUGGAGGAUCUCGACCUUACAAGUUUAGAUCUGUCUUUCAAUAAUUUUCAGGGCAAUCUGCCAACGGGAGGAGUUUUGGCAAAUACAAGUGCAACCUCAGUUCUGGGAAAUGAGAAGCUUUGUGGAGGUCUACCUGAAUAUCGGCUGCCCAAAUGUAAGUCGACCGGUACAUCAACUAAUGGCAGGGUGAGAAAUGUUUCUAUCUACACGGUGUCGGGGAUUUUGGCAAUAGUGUUUAUGCUCUCGUUACUUUGUUUCCUCUGGCAUAGGAAACAGAGGAAAACGGUCGCUUCUAGCUCCUCAAAUGACCAGUUUCUGAAAGUUUCAUAUCAAGACCUACUGAAAGCAACUGAUGGGUUCUCCUCUGCCAAUCUGAUCGGGACCGGUAGUUUUGGAUCAGUGUUUAAAGGGUUUCUUGCUCUGGAUCAGACGACCAUUGCUGUGAAAGUGCUUAAUCUUGAUCGUCAUGGUGCAUCGAAGAGCUUCAUUAAAGAGUGCGAGGCCUUGAGAAACAUCCGGCAUCGAAAUCUUGUUAAGGUACUCACGGCAUGUUCAGGCACCGAUUACCAGGGCAAUGACUUCAAGGCCUUGGUAUAUGAGUUCAUGAUCAAUGGGAGCUUGGAUGAGUGGCUGCAUCCGCAAGUUCGAACGAGUCCAGAGAGAGAGGUUAUACGGAGGCAAUUAGGUCUUCUCCAGAGGGUGAAUAUUGCCACAGAUGUUGCUUGUGCUUUAGAUUAUCUCCAUCAUCAAUGUGAAACACCCAUAGUGCACUGCGAUCUUAAGCCAAGCAAUGUCCUCAUCGACGGGGAAAUGACUGGGCAUGUAGGUGAUUUUGGGUUGGUCAGGUUCAUGCCAGGAGCUACUAGGGAGCUGAUUUCUGAGCUGACAAGUUCUAUUGGAGUAAAAGGAUCUCUCGGCUAUAUUGCGCCCGAGUAUGGAGCAGGGGCUGAGGUGUCAACUAAUGGAGAUGUUUACAGCUACGGCAUCCUCGUGCUGGAGAUGUUCACAGGGAAGAGGCCCACCGAUGACAUGUUCAGUGAUGGGCUGAACCUUCAUCUCUUUACCAAGGCAGCCUUUCCGGAGCGAGUUCUGCAGAUAAUUGACCCUCUCUUGCUCCAGGAGAGUCACGACGAGGAUGAUGGCCUAGACAUCAGGAGAACUCGAAGGAGCCACGACAGGUUCCUUAAGAUUCAAGAGUGUCUGGUCUCGAUAGUGGAAAUAGGAUUGGUCUGUUCUUCUGAAAUUCCAAGUGGCAGGAUGAGCAUGAGAGACGUUGUAGCUGCUCUGCAGGCAAUUAGGAAGAAGCUUACCGGAAGCUUAGGAUAUUGA